UUAAACGCCGCUAAAUUAGUGUUUUUCCAAUGCCUCAGGAGAGUGAAACUGUCAGUACAAGUUAAUAACUUAGAAGGCUUUCUAAAAGUGGCUUGUCGUUGUAGUUUUGAUUUUUUUUAUCAAGUUUUAGAGAGAGUUWAUCGACUGACCCGUGAGAUUUUCUUGUCUCAGGAAAAUUAUCUCCAGUGUUUCCGUUUAAAAGGUUUUUUUGCACGGCAGGUUUGUUAUAAUUCUAAUCCCUAUGAAUUUUGUUUUUUUUCUUAGUUCUCGGCGAAGACCUUCACCUGGUUAAUGGCGUUCUUUUUUAAUUCUAUGUUUCCACUAUUGUACAUAUUUACAGAACGACAAUCUUGAUUCAACACUCGURUAACUGUCCUGCUUAUUGAGUGGCUACAAGUCUCUGCUCGAUGUCUAACAAUUCUCAGAACUAUCUCUCACUUGUUGAUCCCGAUUGUUACGGCGACCUAAAGCCACAUAUAUCCAUUCUUCUCACGAUUUUAAACGUUKUAUUUGGACUACUAGCAUCAACUGGUAACUUAGUUGUUUUACUGGCUAUUUACAACACACCAUCCUUACAAAAUGUAUCAAACUACUUCCUGGCUUCAGUAGCAUUAGCUGACUUUGUGACUGGCUUACUGGUUCAUCCCAUGUUAGCUGUAAGGUGUUACAAAAACUACUGGUUUAGCGAGAAUCCGUUUGCAAAGGCCGCGGACAUUAUGAUGUUACAGACUUUUACUGCAACUAGUUUUGGACUUUGUGCUAUAGCCCUUGACAGAUACUUCGCAAUCACCGCAACACUUCGCUACCAAUGGCUAAUGACCAAUCGUGUUUGCAUCAUAUCAACGGUGUGUAUAUGGACUAUAUCAAUCAGCUAUCCCUUCAUUCGCUUCGUCACCACAGAUAUCUACAAACUGCCCAAGUUUUGGCUCCUUACGUGCAUGAUUUCAAUAGGAAUACCCUUCUUAGUCAUCGCCUACUGCUACAUCCGGGUAUUCCAAGUCGCACGAGAACAAAAGAGAAAAAUCGCCGCGCAAAGUAUCAAUGCACAGAGAGCCAUAAGUGUUGCUAAGCAGCACAAGGGAGCAAAGACGGUUGCUAUAGUAAUAGGCAAUGUGCUUUUGUUUUGGUGUCCAUCUGUGGUAAUAUCGAUUGUUCAGGUUAUGGGGAAUCGUUGUGUCCAGACAAGGAUAAUGAAAGCUUGGUUUUGGGGAUUGUUUUUUGCGCUGGCGAACAGUACUGUGAAUCCGUGGAUUUAUGGCGCAAGAAUGCGCGAYUUUAGGAAAGCAAUGAAAAAGAUUAUUUUCUUCUGGAGAUAAAUAUUGACAUCAAAUUAAGAAUGUCUUCCACAGUUCACUCUAUAACGUAGCAGACCCGGUGAUCAAUCAUUCAAAUUGCGACAAAGUACGACCUAUUACGCAUGCUCGUAUAUGUUCUCUGGGACUAUACCACAUGGCUCAGUGCCUCAGAGCAUCCUGCAUUGAAGAUUGUUUUGGAUAUCCUUGGUGUUCACAGAGUUAAUGCUAAGUGUAAUUCACGCUUGGACACUUGGAAAAAAUUAGAUGUUGGUCGAUAGUUGACUAACUUACUGUGUAACUCUUUCAAGUUUUGGACAAAGCAUAAAACCMAUUAAACUGUAACAGUGAUAUUACAUUUAAGGUGUGUUUACAGCCUUUUGCAAAAAUUAUGAGAAUUGUUGAAAUAUCUAAAUAUCAUAAUAUCAAGUGCAUGAUCCCGCGCGAUGCCCUUAGUCCCUUGUCUUUGUUGUUUAGUUUUUUUUG